UGGCCAGGGCUUGUUAAAGCGGGAGCCGCAGAGCUUUUCUCAGCGUUUGCUGUUAGGGCGAAGCUUUUGCUCGUACACAGUACUGGAUGGCAGCAGCCUCUGAAGGACAAAUGCAUACAGGUAGCGAGACAGGGAGACUGUAAGAUCCUCAACACCAGCCCCCUAUGACACGUGUGUUAUGAGAUAACGCAGCAUUGUCUUAGAUGCUAACCUUUCUCUGCAUAAAGUCAUUAGCACAAUGGCUUCUUCAGUUGACGUGCCCGUGAAUUACGAAAAAAUGUUUGCUUAUCGGUUUACGCUAGAUGAUAAGGAAUACCAAGAGUACCUGAAACGCCCUACAGAUCCACCUCCUAUAGUUGAAGAAUGGAGAAAUAGAUCGGGUGGUAACCAGAGAAACAGAGACCGAUUUCAAGAUGGCAGAUAUUUUAGAGGGGACAGAUACAACUGGCAAGGUGACCAUAGAUCUAAUCAGAGGCCAGAAAGAAGUUGGGGUAAUAAUUACCAGCAACACAGACAAGGACAAUCUUACUCUUCCCACUAUGGACAAUAUGGCUACAACUCCUACAACCCAGGGCCUCGUUACCAUCCCUACUGAUGAUACUUGUGGUUUCAAAGUCCAGUAACACUAUAUUAAAAAAAAAAUAGCUGGGCUUUAUUUGUCUUCAGUUUUCUAAAUUUUUACAGAUUUAUAGAUAACUGAAGAAUCGGUGUUGAAGUCCAUUCCUGUCCAUCUGCAGUGCAAAUUGAAAAAGGAAGUACCUUUUAUGAACAAUAAAACCAUACUAAACUGUUUGUUUAGAGACUAUAGAUUUUAGAUUAAAUUUCUAUCUUUAUUUUUCUUUGUCCGAAUGCAUAUUAGUACACUUUUCUGUUACAUUUUGGAAAGCAGGUCAGGGGACUAGUCUGCAGCUUAUAGCACUAGUCUGAAGACAGUCCUUUUUGAAAAUGACAUAUUAUGUCUGUCUUUGGAGAGAAGUUCCAAGUUUGGCUCUUGAUAGCAAGAAAAAACUCGGUUUGAGUUACAGUUGUUUUAAAAGGAGAAGAAAGAUGCUAUUACAGAAAUACUUCAUGCUGUGCUGGCAUUAAUGAAAACUCCAGAGAGGAACUUCUUUGGAUAUUGAUGAGGAUGUAUGGCUUCUCAAUAUUUAAUUCAUUGGAACAAAAGGAAUUGUAGCAGAGGAACAAGAUAUCAUAUACAAAAUAAAUUCCUGUCUGUUGAACAAUCGAUGGUUUCAGUUUAUAUGCAGGCUUAAAGCAUGGUAGCAACUGAAAUAAAUUAAGUGGUUUAAAUAUGUGUCUUCUUACUGUAGUAGUUCAGUGGUACACAAGUUUUAUCUGAGAAGUAGUACCAAACUUGGAUUAAUUUGUAUCACCUUAAAAUAAAUUUGGUAUGUGCAUGA